GGAAAAGGACACCGUUAAUCCAGCACGGAAUAUUUCCCUGACCUUGUAGAUAAGGCUACACUCACUGAUCACACGUUCCUGCAGGAACUGGCACGCCAUGGCGGGCUUCUGCACUCCUGCUGCCACUGCAGCUGCCCAUGCCGCCCUAACCCCUCUGACGAGCUCAAGGAAGCACAUCGCCAUGUGCCUGUCCCCCAGGCCAAGCGGCGGCGGCGGCAUCGGCGGCGGCCAGAGGGCGCGGCUUGCGAGUACAGGCGCAGCUCCUCAGGUUCGCGCGCUGGCGCCGACGACCGCGGCAGAAGAAGCAGCGGGUCCCUCCCCCGCCCCUCUCAACGUGGAGUACCUGGCCGCUGAGUUCGCCGGCCACGGCGUCAGCUUCGAGCCCGUGGGCGUCAGCUGCGCCGUCAAGAUGUCGCUGCGCAACGGCAGCGUGGCGCACGUGCUGCUCCCCAGCGGGCUCGUCACGUCUUACAAGCCCGCCAUGUGGCACGGCACGGUCACGGAGGUUCUCCACACGAACGUCGCCGAGGUCCCAGGCGGGCGGGCCGUCAUCCGCGGCGGCGUGUUCGUGGACCUCCGUUGCGAUGGCUGCGACGGCGUAUGGUCGCCGAGCGCGAGCGGGGCGUGGUCGCUCCGCGACGUCCGGGGAAGCCCAGCCACCUCCAUAGAGGUCGAGCUCGCGUCAGCGGCGCCGGGGAACGCGGCCGCGGCGAGGUGCGUGGUGACGCUGCACCCGGAAGCGCUGGCCACGGAGCUCACGGUGACGAACAAUGCGUCGGCGGCCUCGUCGCCGCCGAUGGCUCUGACGUGCUCCGUGCCCAGUCACCUGCGCGUGAGCACCCCGGACGCCACCUACGCUCUGGGGCUCCAGGGCUCCGACUACCGCAGCGUGGAGCCCGCGCUGUCGGAGUUCAGCAUCAUCCCUCCUGGCUACGGGGCCGCGCGGCAGGCCGCAGCAGGGACGACAGCCCGAAACCAGUGGGCAAACAAAGGCUUGGACAUGAUCCUGUCGGGCGGGCAGCAGGACCGUGGCGCCGCGGACGAGCCCGACGGCGAGGAGGACGACGACUACAAGCACAUGACGGACGCGAUGUGCCGUGUGUACAGCAACGCGCCCAGGGAAUUCACCAUCAUCGACAGGGGCAGGAGGAACUCCGUUUGCUUGCACAGGAAGGGGUUCGAGGAGCUGUACGUCUUCAGCCCCGGAUCCCAGUACCAGUGGUACGGCAAGUAUGCCUACGUGGUCGUAGGGCCUGCCAUGCUGGAGCCUGUGAUGCUGGAGCCCGGAGACACGUGGCGGGGGGCUCAGUACCUGCGCAACCCCAAUCUUUAGGCAUGCUAGCAGCUGGGAGAAUUGAUGACCCUGGACACAUCAAAUGUUCCCGUACGUGUAUCCAGAUCAUCAGAUGAGGUCAGGCGAGAUGCAAAAUUGGCAACCACAAUGGUCUACAGAUGUUGGAAAUGCUGUCCAUAUAUAGCGAAUUGCUGAUGACAAGGUUCAAUAUUAGAAUGAUGAGAUUUACUAUAUCUCAAAUAUCUUAAAUAUACUUCUGUUCAGAUGAUAGUUACUAGGCAUCAAAUCUCCAACUAACGGUCGACCUUAAACUUAUAAUAACUCAGUUUGUUCUACGCACAUUUCCUA